AUGGCCUCCCACCCGCCAGGCGCUUGCUGCACCCGCGGGUUCAAGCACAAGGGAAUAGCCUCGGGCGAGAUCAAGAAAAUUAGCGACAUCGACACAUACAUCUCCCACCCCCCUGCCUCCGCCACGACCACCAAGCUAGAAAAAGCCAUCAUUAUCUUCACCGACAUCCUAGGUCUAGCCGACAAUGUCAAACUCGUCGCGGACGACUUUGCCGCCCGCGGCUACCUGGUCGUGAUCCCGGACCUAUUCCACGGCAAUGCCCUGACCAUGAACCAGGUCAUGAGUGGCAUAGACAUCAUGGCCUGGCUGAAGGAUUAUACCACAGAGGCCGUCGACCCCAUUGCGGCUGCGACGAUUAAGUAUGUGCGGGAGACGUUGAGCAUCAAGAGGGUUGCGUCGGUGGGGUAUUGUUUUGGUGCGAAGUACGCUACUCGAUUCAUGAAAGAAGGCGGAGGGAUUGAUGUCGGAUACGUCGCGCAUCCAUCCUUCGUUGCGCCAGAAGAGCUGCGAGCUAUCAAGGGUCCAUAUGCCAUUUCCGCUGCUGAAACCGACACCAUCUUCCCAUCAAACCUCCGCCACGAGUCCGAGGAAAUCCUCUCAAAAGUUGGCUUCCCCUGGCAAAUCAACCUGUUCAGCGGCGUCCAGCACGGCUUCGCCGUCCGCGGUGACCUAAGUAAUAAAGAGGCUAAGUUCGCCAAGGAGCAGGCAUUUAUUCAGGCAGCUACGUGGUUUGAUGUGCAUUUGUGA